AAUCAAGAUCAUAGUUCUACCAAUGAUAUAUAAAUAUGAUAAUAGUAAUUAUUAUGCUCUUAUAAAUUGGAUGGCUUCAUUCAUUAUAAUUUAUAUGAAUACUAGAUAUGUUGUGCAUAAAGUUUAUUGCGGCUAUAUUUAUCCUUAAUUUAGGAUUUUUAGAUGCACUAAAUAACAAAAAGUUUCCGCCUGAUUUUAUCUUUGGAUGUGCAACUGCUGCAUUUCAAAUAGAAGGUGCAUGGAACGAAGAUGGAAAAACUCCCAGUAUAUGGGAUACGAAGAAUCAUAAAAUUCCUUCUAUAAUAGAAGAUAAUAGCACAGCAGAUGUGUCUUGUGAUUCAUAUCAUAAAUACAAAGAAGAUGUAGCUCUGCUUAAAGAACUUGGCGUGUCCCAUUACCGAUUUUCAAUAUCCUGGCCAAGAAUUCUACCAAAUGGUUUCAAUGAUUACAUCAAUCCUCUUGGAGUAGCUUAUUACAAGAAUCUUAUAGCUGAACUGAAAGCUAACAAUAUUCAACCUCUAGUAACAAUUAUUCAUUCAGAUCUUCCUCAAGUACUUGGUGAUUUAGGGGGCUAUUAUAAUGCUUCAUUUCCUGAUUGGUUAAGAGAUUUUGCGAGAGUUGCUUUUGAUGAAUUUGGAGACGAUGUAAAAUAUUGGUUUACUAUAAAUGAACCAUACGAAGUUUGUAUACAUGACGGUGCGGAAACGGCCUAUGACUGUGCUGCAAAUUUACUUAGAGCUCAUGCUAAAAUCUGGCAUAUGUAUGAUGAGGAAUAUAGAUCUAAACAACAUGGUAAGGUUGCAAUGGUGCUUAAUACAAACUGGUACGAACCGGAAACAGAUAAAACUGAUGAUAUUAUUGCAGCUGAGACAAAGCUGCAAUUUGUAGGCGGAUUUUUUGGACACCCUCUAUAUCAUGGUGAUUGGCCACCAAUUAUGAAAUCUCGUAUAGGUUUAAGAAGCAAAUUAGAAGGUUAUGCUAAAUCACGUCUUCCUGAAUUCACCCAAGAAGAAAUAAAGUACAUUAAGGGAACAAAUGAUUUCUUUGCUUUCAAUUCAUAUACAACAAGUAUAAUUAGAGCUAUUGACGAACCAGAAAUAGGAGAUCCUACUCCCGAGAAGGAUAUUGGCGUUUACGAAUAUCAACGUGAUGACUGGGAUUCUUCUGGUUCAACUUGGCUAAAGGUAGUUCCUUGGGGAAUGCGUAAAUUGUUAAAUUGGUUUAAACAGGAAUAUUUUAAUCCAGAAAUAUUAAUAACAGAAAAUGGAUAUUCUGAUUUCACUGGACAACUAAAUGAUCCCAACAGAACUCAUUAUAUAACGGAUUAUUUAAGUGCUGUAAAAGAUGCAAUGGAUUAUGAUGGUGUCAAUGUCAUUGGUUAUAAUGUUUGGAGUAUAAUAGAUACUUUUGAGUGGAACGCUGGGUAUACGGCGAAAUUUGGUUUGGUAAAUGUGGAUAUGAACGAUCCCAACAGAACAAGAACCAAAAAAGAUUCAUUUUACUAUUAUCAAAAAGUAUGUCAGACGCAUUGUAUUGUGGAUCAGUGUAUCGACUAAUAGAUAAUAAUAGAUACCAACUUAUACAUAUGAUAGAAUAAUAUUAAAACUGUGUAUUAAUAUUUAAUAAAAUAAAAAAUAAUUAAAACCUAAAA